CCCAGGGCUCCCUCCCCGGACAGCCCCGCGCGCUCCUCUCCUCGCGCCCGACUGCGCGCGGCCCGGCGGGGACGUCCGGACUGCACAGUCCCGGGCGCAGUGGCUCUGCAAAAUGGUCCUUCACUUCGUGCUGCUCUUCCUCCUCCCGUUGGUGCGAGCCACCGAGCGCCCCGAGGGCAGGGCGGAUGAGCAGGUCCUGGAGGCGGCUGUGGCCGUGCCCAACACCUCGCACUUCUUCUCCUGGAACAACUACACCUUCUCCGACUGGCAGAACUUUGUGGGCCGGAGGCGCUACGGGGCCGAGUCCCAGAACCCCACGGUGAAAGCCCUGCUCAUCGUGGCUUACUCCUUCAUCAUCAUCUUCUCGCUCUUUGGCAACGUCCUGGUCUGUCAUGUCAUCUUCAAGAACCAGCGAAUGCACUCGGCCACCAGCCUCUUCAUCGUCAACCUGGCGGUGGCCGACAUAAUGAUCACUCUCCUCAACACCCCCUUCACUUUGGUCCGCUUUGUGAACAGCACGUGGGUCUUCGGGAAAGGCAUGUGCCACAUCAGCCGCUUCGCCCAGUACUGCUCGCUGCACGUCUCAGCGCUGACGCUGACGGCCAUUGCCGUGGACCGCCACCAGGUCAUUAUGCAUCCGUUAAAACCCCGGAUCUCCAUCACAAAAGGUGUCAUCUAUAUCGCAAUCAUCUGGACCAUGGCUACGUUCUUUUCACUCCCACAUGCCAUCUGCCAGAAAUUAUUUACCUUCAAGUACAGUGAGGACAUUGUCCGCUCUCUAUGUCUGCCAGACUUCCCUGAGCCAGCCGACCUCUUCUGGAAGUACCUGGACUUGGCCACCUUCAUCCUGCUUUACAUCCUACCCCUCCUCAUCAUCUCUGUGGCCUACGCCCGUGUGGCCAAGAAGCUGUGGUUGUGCAACACAAUCGGCGACGUGACUACGGAGCAGUACCUGGCCCUACGGCGCAAGAAGAAGAAGACCAUCAAGAUGCUCAUGCUGGUGGUGGUCCUCUUUGCCCUCUGCUGGUUCCCCCUCAACUGCUACGUCCUCCUGCUGUCCAGCAAGGUCAUCCGCACCAACAAUGCCCUCUACUUCGCUUUCCACUGGUUUGCCAUGAGCAGCACCUGCUACAACCCCUUCAUCUACUGCUGGCUCAACGAAAACUUCAGGAUCGAGCUGAAGGCAUUACUGAGCAUGUGCCAAAGGCCAUCCAAGCCUCAGGAGGAACGGCCACCCUCCCCAGUCCCUUCCUUCAGGGUGGCUUGGACAGAGAAGAGCAAUGGCCGGAGGGCUCCACUAGCCAACAACCUCCUGCCCUCCUCCCAACUCCAGUCCAGGAAGACAGACCUCUCAUCCAUGGAGCCCAUCAUGGCAACGAGUUAGAGGAGAGUAGGAAGAGGCAGGAGGAGGGCUGUGUCUCCAGCUGAGGUUAGGAAAGGGCCUAAGGCCAGAGCCUGUCCUCUCACACAUGACCUUCACAGUGCUGGAAGUAAGUUUCUGCAGAAGCCAUAGGACUCUUGAGUUUCUAGGAAACUCUUCCCAGUCUCCUAGCCCCAUUGAUGUGAAAACUAAAAGGCAACUAGCAAUUCGACACAUGUUCGUGAAUUCCUGUCUAAGAAACACUUCAAGGCAUAUCAUCGCGUGUUUCUGAGCCAGAGAACCCCCGACAACUUCAGCCCAGAUCGGGGCUGAGUCAGUCAACUGUCUCUAGCUGUCAGGCAGCCACCUUACAACCCUUCCUGCCACUGAGCAUCCAUAAAGGACACCUGAGUCAUGCUUUGGGCGUGGCUGACCCAGAUGCACGGAGCUCUGCUUGAUAAAGGUUCACUGGCCAGUGAAAGGUUAGCAAGCCAGAGCUGGCAGGGAGGUUCCCGUGCCUCGAUUUCUGAAGUCAUUGGACCACGAUGAAUCACAAUACAUGAUACAUGACAAGAAAGGACCAAUUUGGAUUCUUUAAAACAAAGAGGAAUUACUAGGUUUCCUUAAAACAAAGAAAAAUUAUCAUCAAAACCUUGGAAAAUUCAGAAAAGCACAAAGAAGAAAAUAAAAACCACCACUUUAUCUCACCAAUUUGUGAUAAGUUCUGUUCACAUGCUGUGAAUUUAUUUGCAACUUUUUCCUUUGUGUGUGUGUGCGUGUGUGUGUGCACAUGUGUGUGAAUGUGCUUUUCAUUUCAUUAUGAAUUGCACUUCUCCAUUUAGAGAUAAGCAAAAAACAGGGACAUAGUGGAGAACUUCUGAGCCCCUCUCCAGAAUAGUUGGAAGAGAUAGGAGAGGAACCCAAGGAGAAGACAGUCACGGAGCCAACAGACUGCCUUCAUCUUGUAGCCUGUGGUGGGAAGAGCCUGGCUGAAGCACUUCUCCUCAGAUGGCACCCAUCGUGAUGAGCCGGGGAUCAAAACUCAUGCAGGAGGCAUAAUUCCUUCUCUCCUGCAAUCUCACAGAACAAGAGGUAGUAAAACAUUGCCCUGCUUUCACAGGAGAUGAGGGAGCAGGCUUUCCAACAUGCUGGAAAUAAUUGUGCUUGGACACCUCAUCCUCCCAAGCUGUCUAGACAGGCCAGUCCUCUGUGUUGUCUGAAUAAUAAGGCUUCUUCACGCCAGUUCCCUAAAGAUGAUUCUGUCAACAUCACUGUCAACUCUGGUGGCUCACAUGUCAUCUACAGAAACCUAUGGCAUUGUGAUAUUCCUUAAGUACUCCACUUGCCAGAGAAAUCUCAUUCCCAGAGACUGAGUGUUUUCAUCACCUUCCAUCUGGUCCUGAGUGACUCACUGUAUCACCCAGAAGAGAGAUGCAUCAGGCAGAAUGGAGCUUAAUUCACCAGCCCUAAACAAUUUUCACCAUCACACUGCUUUUAGGUUCUUUCUAGCACCAGAUAGAUCCUGAAAGCAAAGCACAGAUAUGGAGCUGAGUGGAAAACUGAGGUGCGGGGAGAAGGGGCUUGUCCAAGGUUCACUUUGAUCUCUUGGCUAUUAACUGAACUUGUUCACAACAUCUUCUUCCCUAUAAUGAACCAUAGAGGUUCAUUAUACUAUUCUAUGUAUGAGGGUGUUUGAAAAUUUUCAGGAUGCAAAGUUUAAAAAAAUCAUCUUCUGAACAGCAGGUGAAAAAGUGACUUUCGUGAGGCAGAGAGAGCAUUCUAAGUCCAUACGGAUCCCCAGGUUGAUUUUUCAGGCCAAAUGGCUCCCAUGUCUGUGCCUGUUGUCUCUGUGGUGUCGAGAAGUAGCUAAUGGUUUCGUCUUAUUGCUGUCAUGGAAAUUGUAUGAACCAGAAAGAAAACAGGCAGCAGGAACACAGUAAGUUUGUCCUGUUCUAGAAUCAUGGGGAAAGCUUCACUUUGCUCCUCUCUGAGGGCAUCUAGAAAUACUGCCAAAUCACAGAGAAGGCCUGGGGGAGGACCCACUGAUGGCCAUUAAGUCUAGGUCUCCUGUCAGGACCUUGUCUGCCCCCUUCCCGUUGUUCCCUGUGAGACUCAGAGCAAAAAGUGAUUUGUAUUUGUGAAUGUGAAAUUUGUGAAACUUGAGUCUUUGCAAUGUGCUGUAAUCAGUACCUUAUUGUAAAUUGCUCCAGUCUCAAUAAAAUAUAUUUUGGGUGUGUGGACUGUGCUUCUGAACUUGUGAUUAGGCCACAGUUGGUAACCUUUAAAAUGGGG